UUUUGCCUCGGGUAGUCAGCCAGGUAUACCUUACCUAUCCUAAGAUCUUUAUCGCUUCUUGGAAGAGCUACAGUUUGGUCAAUAAAUAUUUAUAGUUUGCAAACGUGCAAAUAUGCAUUCAAAUGCGCGCUUCUGACAAGUUAAAACCCGCUGUUUUCUCUAUACAAAGACAUUAAGUUUAAAUUUUUGUAAACGUUCUCUUCAGAAUUGUGUUUUGGAAUAUUUAAUUUGAAGAGUCGACGGUCACCUAGCCAUGUCAACCCAGAAGAAAGAAGACAUUCUAGACAAGUUCUGUGAUCCUGAGCAUCCAGUAAUAGUAGGCUUUGAAAAAAUUCAAGCUGCUCAAGAACUAAUUGGGGACGCUGUUGUGAAAACACCAUGUCGUCGUUCACAGAUGUCUGACAUGUUCAACAUGGAGAUCUACUUUAAGAAAGAGUUUCUUCAAUAUACAGGAAGCUUCAAAGAAAGAGGUGCAAGGACCAGUCUGUUAAACUUAUCUCCGGAGCAGAAAGCGAAAGGAGUAAUAACAGCCAGUGCCGGGAACCAUGCUUUAGCUUUGUCGUAUCACGGAAAGUGUCUCGGGAUACCAGUAUCUGUUGUCAUGCCAACAAUAGCACCACUGAUGAAAAUAAAAGCGUGUGAGAAAUUUGGAGCCAAGAUAAAAAUAUCUGGACACAACAUCUGUGAAUCUAGAGUAAUAGCACUGGAAAUGGGACAGUCUGAAGGAAUGAUGUACAUAAACGGAUACGACCAUCCAGAUAUAAUAGCUGGACAGGGCACGAUUGGCUUGGAGAUUGUAGAACAGGUACCUGACCUUGAUGCAUGCAUAAUUCCCAUUGGAGGAGGUGGUAUGAUAGCUGGAACAGCUCUAGCAAUCAAGAAAAAAUGUCCAGAUGUCACAAUCAUAGGUGUUGAACCAGAGCACUGUCCAAGUUUUGCCGAAGCAAGGAAAGCAAAAAAGCCAAUUUAUACACCAACGACAUCUACGCUUGCUGACGGUCUGGCUGUUCCAACUGUCGGGGUGAAUGCAUUUCAUACUGCGGACAAACUGAUAGAUAAGAUAGUAACUGUCAACGAGGAGAAUAUAGCACUAGCCAUCCUGAGAUGUAUCGAGUUGGAGAAAGCCGUAGUAGAGGGUGGUGGAGCUGUAGGUUUGGCCGCCAUCAUUCAAGGCUUUGUACCAGAACUGGAAGGCAAAAAGGUCGUAGUAAUUUUGAGUGGUGGUAACAUCGACACAACAGUGCUUGAUCGUGUAAUUGAGAGGGCUUUGGCUGAAGAUGAAAGAUUGGUCAGAUUCCAAGUUUCUGUCAGUGACAGACCAGGAGGGAUUGCAGAGCUGACGAAAAUAAUAGCUGAUCUUGGGGUCAGCAUCAAGGACAUAUUCCAAGAGAGACCAUGGGAAAAGCAUGAUGUAUUUGCUGUUAUGGUGAAGGUCGUCUGUGAAACACGUGAUGCCGAACACAGCAAACAGUUGCAUGAUGCUAUCAAGCAACACUACCCGAAUAAUCAUCUGAUUUGGGGACCAUCAUAUGAUUAACUGAACUAUGCGAAUCAGAGACUUGAACUAUGCAAAUAAGAGUUCAAUCGAUGUAUUUUUCUAUAUGAAGUGUUUUAGUUAUUCAGAAAUUAUCCUUAACCAAGAAAAAAUGAAAACAAAAAAAAUGUUAGCAAGACCUUUCAAGAAACAUUCCAGUUGACAUUAAAAUAACAAAAGAUAACACAAUUUUAUUUUGUCAAAAAUCUAUUGAUGAAUUGUUUGUCGUUUCAUUUUGUUGUUGCUACUUAAAACAAUUCGAUAUGUUGAUGUUUUAAACAAUGAAAGGGGUAGAUAUUCCAUGCUGUGUUACUAAACCUUAACCAAGACAAACUCUAUUAUCUUCAUAUAUAGAUAUCUAAUUAUCUAAUUGAUAAAAGAAAAUUAAAUAGCAUAGAUUCUCUAAAAUUGCUUAUACAUUUUGCAUGCCUUCAGUUAUUACUCCUUUCACAUUGUUGUAUUAUUUAAUGAUUUUAAGAACAACAAAAGUCGAAUCAGCAGAAGCAACAAUAGAUAGCUAUCCUACCUAAUGUACUGGAUUCUAAAUGAUAUUCGGUGAUUUCCGUUCGGUAAAUUCGGCAUUCUUUGCAUCUAUAAUUCAACGCGCACAUAGCUUUCCGUUAAAACUCAUUUGUUGCUCUGUGAUUUGAAAAUUGCCUAGUUUUGUCAUUUUCGCAUACCAGAGGUCUACAAUGGUUUCCUAGUUGAACCUCUGGCUCAUUUCGCCAAUAUUUGUGGUUGGUAAAAAGUUUCAGCCAAUCAGCGACGUUUCGCAACAACUCGUAGGGGACCAAUCAAAAUCGUCCGUGAAAAGCAUGACCGCAUCCUUUCCAAUAUCGACGAUGAUUUACGAGGAAUAUUACCAUUUCUUGACAUCGAAUUCGAGUAAUCGCCAUUAUAGAAUAUCACCUUUAUCUAUCGAUAGCUUGCUUGAACAGUGUUUCAAGUUUCAAUUCGGAGUACAUAAAAAUGGCAAACAUUGAUUGAGUGAUUGACUCCCGGUAGUAAUUACAAGUGUGCAAACGAAAGAAAUAAAUCAGCGGUUCGUCUCGUGAUUUUGACGAACCUCUGAUGAAUGAAAAUGAGUUUUGUCUACAGACUGAUGCUUUUUAAUAUUGCUUUGAUAUGCCUGAAUGAUCUGUCCCAUGAUAACUGAAGAUAUUUCAAAAAGCUGUGAUGCGUCAUAACCAGUAAUUCUUUUUAUAGCUAAUGUUCAAUUGAGACUUGUUUUGCUUGGUGACAACGGCGUUUCUACUUUGAAAUGAUUUAAUAUAAAUUAAGUUUAAACUUAAUAAUUUCAGCAAUUACUUUCACGCGAAAUUGUCAAUAACUCAUUUGUUGCUCUGUGAUUUGAAUAUUGCCUAGUUUUGUCUACUACAUGUAAUACUGUUUAAUAUAUUCUUAAUUAUCUGUCCUGUGAUAACUAUUAAUACUUUCAUGUGAUAUUUAAAAGCAGCUGUGAUGUGUCAUAACAAGUUUUUCUAUUUUAUAUCUAAUGUUCAGUUUGGACUUGUUUUGCUUGGUGAUUUGUAACGUUGUAUUCUGACUUUCUUGAAUACCGAGACAAUAGACAAGGAUUUUGUCACUGCUUGUUUCUUAAUGAAACUAAACAAGCAGAAGAAAUGGUUUUAAAUAUCAAUCAAAUAUUUUUGUACACUUGUUUAUUUAAAUUUUAACAGUUGACAUUGUUCUUAUAAAUUUAAUUCUAUCUUUAUUACUAAAAAUAAACGUGUUAUUCACUACA